AUCAAACAAACGGUCUGCCGCCCAUGUUCAACCUCCCACGAGCCGUAGACGAAGGUUGAGUCACUUGCAUAUCGAUCGUUCUUCCUUUAUUAUUAGUUUUCUUCAUGUAACCAAGAUGAUUCCAUUUUUAGUCUUUAUUUUUAUUUUAUUCACACCUAUCAAGUCAGAUCUAUGGGCCGAGACGGAACGAAUGCCAGAUCUGCAACAAUGGCGUGCACUUUGUGGUUAUUAUGCUGUUGCAACUGCAUACAUGAAGGAUAGUAACGCCCGGGUUACUGUAUUUGCUCCCGUGGAUGAUGUUUUCACUUAUAAUCCGACUAUCAGAGCAAUGGAUCAGAAAGAAACACUUUCACAUAUAGUGGAUUCACAAGUUGUCGAACUGACGCAGAAUAAACUAUGGGACAAGCAGACAUUGAUUCGUUCGACUAUAAACUCAGGUUAUACAUAUAUUACACAAUUCGAGAACAAUCCUGGAAACUUUUCUUACUUUGCAAAUGCAGGAAUGAUGUGCAAUCAUGCUUCAAAUCAAUGGGGAAUCAUUUCUGGAGAACAAUAUCUUUUUAAAAUUUGUACACCAAUGGGGCAUCGUCCAUAUCCAGGAACUGCAUUAUCAUUUAUCAGAGAGCAUGAUGGAUCAGUUUUCGAAGAGAGACAAUACAAUAAUCGAGAUUUAUCACAAAUUCGUGAUAUUCUGGAUCGUACUCCAGACAUUGCGUUAGUAAUUUAUGGAUCCUCAGCUUGGAAUGGAUUCCAUACUUUCUUCAUUCCUAAUGAUGCAGCUUUUGCAAGAGUAAUUGAUCGUAAUCGUAUUGAUCGAGAAGUUCUUCUUGCUCAUGUCACAAGUACAAAUCGAGUAUUGUUCACAUGGCCUUGGCUCUAUGAUGGUGGUCAACAUUAUUAUCCAUCAGUCAGAUUUUCAGCAAAUAUUAUUGAAGAUAAUUUCAAGCUGAAAUUGGUCAUGAGAAAUAUUACGGAUAGAAGAACUGGAAAAUGGGAUCUGUAUGCCGUUUCUGAAGUGUACGAGAGAUAUUCACAGUUCAGAAGAGGAGCUGUGUGGGCGAAGAUUCUGGUUCCAAACAUUCCAACUCAAAAUGGAGUUGUACAUAUUAUUGAUAAUGUGCUGGGAAUUGUGUCAGAGACUAUUGAUAUGAUGAUCUACCGAAAUGAUAAAACUACAACUCUCAUGAGAUAUAUCAAUACAAUUGGUCAAAUAGUUCGUAAUUAUUUCUCUGCUACUGGUGGACUUGUAACCUUUUUUGCUCCCUGGAAUGAAGCAUUUGAUCGUAUUCCGGAACAAAUAGAACGUCGACUUCUACGUGAUCGUAUUUGGCUUGAACAAAUCUUAAAACUGCACAUUGUCCCAGCAAAGGAACUGACAUCAGAUGAAAUUACAAAUGAAACAAUUGUGAAUACAGUUGAUAAUAUGAGACAAUUGUAUUUUAUUAAAGGAGAAUGGCCAACUAAUAACGUCACGUAUUAUGUAAUUGGUGGAGGUAUUAAAACGGCAAUUAUGAUGGACAACGUAGCGGCCACGAAUGGAAUUGUUCACUAUAUUGAAAGAGUUCUAGGUGUACCAUAUCAGUCACUUUGGGAGAUUAUGAGGAAUGAGAGUAGAAUUCAAGCAUCAUUCCAUAUGAUGAGCAACUUACAACUUCGAUACUCAAUGGAUCCGUGGCAAGUUCUUACACCUGAACAAAAUUUCACUUUCUUUGUACCAACUAAUGAAGCGUGGCAUAAACAAUCAACUUCACUUGUUGCUCGAAUGAAUGAUGGAAAUCAUUGGCAAGCACUGCAGUAUGUUUACAAACGGCAUAUUGUGCAGGGACAGGCAUUAAUGUACACAGAUCUUCGUGAACGAACCUAUGUAAUGAUGAAUGAUGAAAAAGUUGUGAUUAGGAGAAGAGGGAGAUUCUUCGAGUUGUAUUGGCCACGUGGAGAUCGUCGAGCACAAGUACUAGAAGGUGGUGAAAUAGCAGGAAUCAAUGGAUAUAUGCAUAUGAUUGAUAGUGUUUUAAUAUAUGAACCGGAUCUUCGAGCUCAUGCGUGUACAACUGAGCCAGUGUUCCUCCAAUUUCUUGUAGUUUGUCUGGUUAUGGUAUGGCGACCCGGAUGGUUUACUCCGUUUUACACUGUAUUCUUCUACAGAUAAUUCAUUUUAUUUCUGUGUUUAAUUUUUCAAUUUAACGUGCCAUCUGACAUUUAAAUAUUUGAAACGGGUAGAUAUAUUGAACCGCAUUUUAGAUAUCAUAUUUCAGUCAUUUUAUCCAUUUCUUUCUAUCUAUCAAAUUUCUUUUGUUUUUUGAAAACAUUCUAUCUCGGUUAUUUUAAUGAUCUGCAUUGGUUUUUUGAUAAAGCUGUCAGGGAUAU